CUCGAGGCGAUCGAGCAGAAAUGAGAACCGGAUGACACGACACGCCAAGUCGCCAACCUGGCUCUCUGAUACAUUUUAUUAAGUUUUGUUUUAUCACUCUACUCAUUCAAUCUUCAUUUCCUCGAUCCUUACCACACUACCUUCACGACGGAUCUCUGUAAUCACGAUCGUCUUCCGUUACCGACUCACUGUACAUCUGAACCUCACUUCUAACAUACGCGGCGGCGGUGGUGACCACUGAGCAGGACAGCGGAUGAGUUUCAGGGAAGAAAACGAUGAUGGGAGGGAUCUCCGGAAGCCGUUCCUCCACACGGGGAGCUGGUACCGGAUGAGUUCCAGGCAGUCGAGUAUGUUGGAUAAGCUCGGCUCUUCCGCUCAGGUCAUUCGUGACAAUUCCGUUUCCGUUGUUCUCUGUGUCCUCAUCGUUGCCUUGGGUCCUAUUCAGUUCGGCUUCACUGCCGGUUAUUCUUCUCCGACGCAAGCCGACAUAAUCAGCGAUCUCGGUCUUUCAAUCUCCGAGUUCUCUAUAUUUGGUUCUUUAUCAAAUGUGGGCGCUAUGGUUGGCGCAAUUGCCAGUGGUCAGAUUGCAGAAUACAUUGGGAGAAAAGGGUCGCUAAUGAUUGCUUCCAUCCCUAAUAUCAUUGGAUGGCUUGCCAUAUCUUUCGCCAAAGACUCUUCGUUUCUGUACAUGGGAAGGCUGUUGGAAGGAUUUGGCGUAGGUGUAAUCUCUUACACUGUUCCUGUGUAUAUAGCAGAGAUAUCACCUCAGAACAUGAGAGGCCGCCUUGGAUCCGUCAAUCAGCUCUCUGUCACGUUGGGGAUAAUGCUCGCGUAUCUUCUGGGGCUUUUUGUUCACUGGAGAGUUCUUGCCGUUUUAGGAAUCUUACCUUGUACAAUACUGAUACCUGGUCUAUUUUUCAUCCCUGAAUCUCCUAGAUGGCUAGCAAAGAUGGGUAUGAUGGAAGAUUUUGAAGCUUCUUUGCAAGUCCUGCGGGGUUUUGAUACAGAUAUUUCUUUUGAAGUGAAUGAAAUCAAGAGAUCUGUUGCAACAACAACCCGAAGAACUACAAUUCGAUUUUCAGAUCUUAGGCGAAGAAGAUACUGGUAUCCUUUGAUGGUGGGAAUUGGAUUGCUUGUCUUGCAGCAGCUGAGUGGAAUUAAUGGUGUUCUGUUCUAUGCCAGCAACAUUUUCAAAGCUGCUGGGCUUUCAUCAACCAACCUUGCAACAUUUGGAGUUGGUGUAAUUCAGGUUAUUGCAACUGGAGUUACAACUUCAUUGAUUGAUAAAGCUGGCCGUCGGCUUCUUCUUAUAAUUUCUUCAUCUGGAAUGACUCUUAGCCUCCUCCUUGUUGCAGUGGCAUUCUAUUUAAAGGGUGUUUUAUCUGAAGAUUCCCGCUUUUAUAGUUUGAUGGGCAUACUCUCACUGGUUGGCCUUGUGGCAAUGGUGAUUUCCUUUUCUCUCGGAAUUGGAGCUAUUCCAUGGGUUAUCAUGUCUGAGAUACUUCCAGUGAAUAUUAAGGGUCUUGCUGGCAGUGUUGCAACUUUAGCCAACUGGCUUACAUCCUGGGUGAUAACAAUGACUGCAAACUUGCUUCUAAGUUGGAGCAGUGGAGGAACCUUCACCAUUUACACGGUUGUGAGUGCUUUCACCAUAGUCUUCGUAGUACUAUGGGUCCCUGAGACCAAAGGGAGAACUUUGGAGGAAAUCCAGUGGUCAUUCAGAUGAGUUUUUGCUGGAAGAUCUGGGUUUUGAAUUCCUGUACUUGACACACUGUAAAAGCAAAUUUUGUCGCAGAUUGGGAUAAAGCGGCUCUCUCUUACAUCAACUGCUGUGAGUUUGAUUGGCUAGUUUUAUGAUCCAGCUCUGUUGUCCGUUUGUAUCAUGAGCAGUGUUUCCAGGUAUAACAAUCAGCCUGUCAUUUUUUUUUAUUAAAAUUCAUCCAAAUAAAUUUCACAGUAACCUCUAUUUCUUCAAGUAACGUGAGGUUACCAAGUUUCUUAGACUGCA